UAAAAGUUUGUAAAAAUCAUAGGCUAAUAAUAAUAAAUAAAAAUAAUUAAGAAACAGCGCAAGAUAGCAUAGCCGGAAGACCUUUUUUUUAUGAUAAAAAACACACGUCGCCUAAGUUGUUUCGUAACCGUGAAGAAGGGAAGCUGAGGUAAGCGCACGCCUCCUCACACCGGCGCACGUUAGCAACUUCAUUCAUUUGCCUUUUGUCUCCGAUUAUUUCCCUAUCGCUUACGCUCUCUUCUCCGUCUCCGAUCGCCAAUUCCCUGGGUGUAACCCAGAAGAGAAUUGUUUAGGGGGAUACAGCUGAGGAUAGUAAAACCAUGGUCAUUGGGAAAAGACAACCUACUUCUUUGGUCGAUCUGUGUGUUUAUACAGCUAUAGAUAAUGUGAGGUACCUUGGAGAUGUUGGUGAAACAGAUUUGGAUCUCCUUGAUCGAAUUCUACCUCAUUGUACAGUUGAUCAAUUGGAGCAUGUAGAGAAGAGUACAGAAGGAAGAGAUUUGAGUUCAGUAACUGAUAAGUUGUGGAAGAAAUUCUAUGAAAUAAAGUUUGGUGUUGAGAACACUAAGCUUGUUAUGGAGAGGAUGAGGCAGAAAAAAGUGGUAUUUAAAUGGAUGCAAUUGUAUGAGGCAAAAAUGAAGGAUGCAGCUGAGGCGCAAAAUAAAGCCUGUGAUCGAAUUGCACAACUAUAUAAGAAAGAAAAUGCCAGAAAACAAAGUCGGCAAGUUCAACUCUGUACAAAGGUUCCUCCUUCAAGCAAAAGAAGUUUUUUUGGAGGUAGUGGACCUAGCUAUAACGUUUCCAAUGUGAAGAGCAACAUUAUGAAGAAAGCAAAAUUAGAUUUUCUCAAGUGUAAUGAGGUGAAAAAUCUUGCAGCUAUGAAGAGAAAUGCUGUACAGACAAAUCAUGGGUAUGAAAUGAAUCCUCAGUUGCUAUUGUUUUCUCAGUACAUUCAUCAUUGUUUAAUUUCUAUGCUUCAUUCCAUUGUACAAACAGUGCCUCUCCCAGUAAGAAGCCAGGUGGAUUUUCUGGGAAAAGUGUAGCUUCAACUUCCAGACCUAUACCAAGAAGAUUUUAGAAGCAUAUUUUCUAAAUUUAUGGCUUUAUUAUGAAUAGAGCAUUGUUUUAUUCCACAAAUUGUAUUGUGCAAUAAAUUAUGGAAUAAAAUAUUGCUCUUCCUUCAAAGAAACUUUGGGCAAAUUCACUGUAGUGACUGUUCUGUUAUGUCUCAUUGCCCUUCUUAGAAGUGGAAAUUAAUGUUAUCCUUGCUUACUGGUCAAAAUUCCAGUUGUAACAUUUCAGUUUGUAAUAUAGAAUAAUUCAGUUUUUUAAUCCGUUUCACAUUCAAAUCCAAA